GGAGCUUGUAAAACACCCUGGAGAGAAAAUGGCGGCGGCGGCGGCUGCGGCUUCGGCUUCGGCGCCUCAACAGCUCUCGGAUGAGGAGCUUUUCUCCCAGCUCCGCCGUUACGGCUUGUCUCCGGGUCCGGUGACAGAGAGCACUCGGCCGGUGUACCUCAAGAAGCUGAAGAAGCUUCGCGAGGAAGAGCAGCAGCAGCAGCACCGGGCGGGGGGCCGCGGCCACAAGACGCGGAACAGUAAUAACAAUAACACGGCAGCGGCCGCGGGACCGGCGGCGGCGGCGGCGGCGAUGGGGGUCCGGCCGGGCUCGGGGGACCUCACGUAUUUACGGACCCCCGCGGGCCUCGGCCGGCUGUCGGCCCCGGUUCCGGACAGCCCCCUGGGAGGACCCGGGGGCGCGGCGGCCGUGCCCGCGGCGGGCAGCAAGGUCCUGCUGGGCUUCAGCUCCGACGAGUCGGACGUGGAGGCCAGCCCGCGGGAGCAGGCCGGCGGCGGGGCGCGGAGGGACCGGGCUGCGCUCCCGGCCCGCGGGCUCCGAGCGCCGCCGGCUCCCCCGGCCGCCGGCGAGCCCUCCGCCGGCGGCACCCCGGGCGAGCGGAGGAAGCCCCACUCGUGGUGGGCGUCGCGGAGGGCGGCCGGCGGCCCCGAGCCGCAGCCCCCGUCGGGGAACGACGGGGCCGCGGAGGACGUGGACGACGAGGUGGCCGACGGCGACGACCGGGAUCCCGAGGCCGAGGAGCCUCUGUGGGCCAGCCGCGCCGUGAACGGCAGCCGCCUCCUGCCCUACAGCUGCCGGGAGCACUACUCUGACUCGGAGGAGGAGGAGGACGACGACGACGACGACGACGACGUGGCCUCCGCCAGACAGGUAUUAAAGGACGACUCCCUUUCCCGGCAUCGACCCAGACGGAGCCAUAGUAAACCCUUCUCCGCGCUGACUGCUAAAUGUGGCGGCAGCCGGCAGGAGACUUCGGUUCAGGGAGGGGGAGGACUCGCGAUGAAUGACAGGGCGGCGGCCGCCGGGAGUCUAGACAGGAGCCGAAACGUCGAGGAGGCGGCGGCCGAGCCGGGAGGAGGGUGCGAUCAAGCGGACUCCAGCCCCAUUCCUCGAUACCGGGCUGGCGGGAAGAAGCUGGCCCCGCUCCUGGCCCCGCCGCCGAUUCCCGACAUGGACUCAACUCUGGAGUCGCCCACGGCUUCCCUCCUCAAAACCAAUAAUCACACGGGCGGUGGGGCCUUCAGUGUGGAUUCCCCCAGCAUAUAUGCCAACAGCCUCCCUCCCAGCGCGGCCGCGGCCGCCCCUGGCUCACUCAGGAUCAACCACGCCAACCACACAGGCUCCAAUCAUACCUACCUGAAAAACGCCUAUAGCAAGCCGAAGCUCUGCGAACCUGAGGAGGAACUUCUCCAGCAGUUUAAACGUGAGGAGGUGUCUCCGACCGGGAGUUUCAGUGCUCACUACUUGUCGAUGUUUCUCCUUACUGCUGCCUGCUUAUUUUUCCUAAUACUGGGACUGACUUACCUAGGAAUGAGAGGGACGGGAGUGCCCGAGGAUGGAGGACUCAUAAAAAAACCCUUUGAUGAAACAUUUGGAAAAAUACAAGAAAGUGAAAAAAAUCUUAUGAUGAGCACAUUAUACAAACUUCAUGAUCGAUUGGCCCAGAUUGCAGGAGAUCAUGAAUGUGGCAGUUCUAGUCAAAGAACACUUUCUGUCCAAGAUGCAGCUGCAUAUUUAAAAAAUUUAGGUCCUGAGUAUGAAGAUGUAUUUAAUACUUCAUUGCUGUGGAUUUUUAAAAAUGGGAAAGAUGUUGGAAUAAGGUGUCUUGGUUAUGGGCCUGAGGAAGAGCUGACAAAUGUAACUGAUGUGCAGUUUUUACAGUCCACCAGACCCCAGAUGUCGUUCUGGUGCCGUUUCCGGCGUGCUUUCAUUACUGUAACCCAUAGGUUAUUGUUGUUAUGUUUAGGUGUAGUGAUGGUCUGUUUUGUUCUACGUUAUAUGAAAUACCGCUGGACUAAGGAGGAAGAGGAAACAAGGCAGAUGUAUGAUAUGGUAGUAAAGAUCAUAGAUGUUUUACGAAGUCAUAACGAAGCUUGCCAGGAAAAUAAAGAUUUACAACCGUAUAUGCCUAUUCCACAUGUUCGAGAUUCCCUAAUCCAGCCCCAUGACAGGAAAAAGAUGAAGAAAGUCUGGGAUAGAGCUGUUGACUUUCUUGCUGCGAAUGAAUCUCGAGUGCGCACAGAGACACGAAGAAUAGGUGGUGCUGAUUUUCUCGUCUGGCGGUGGGUCCAGCCUUCUGCGCCCUGUGAUAAGACGUUAGUUAUACCUUCUAAAGUAUGGCAAGGUCAAGCAUUUCAUUUAGAUAGAAGAAAUUCACCACCCAAUAGUUUGACACCAUGUUUAAAGAUUCGAAAUAUGUUUGACCCAGUUAUGGAAAUAGGAGAUCAAUGGCAUUUGGCAAUUCAAGAAGCAAUUUUAGAAAAAUGCAGCGAUAAUGAUGGCAUUGUUCAUAUUGCAGUAGACAAAAAUUCACGUGAGGGCUGUGUAUAUGUUAAAUGUCUCUCUCCAGAAUAUGCUGGGAAGGCUUUUAAAGCAUUGCAUGGCUCUUGGUUUGAUGGGAAAUUGGUUACAGUCAAAUACUUACGACUAGAUAGGUACCACCACCGCUUUCCCCAGGCUCUCACGUGCAACACACCCUUGAAGCCAUCAAAUAAGCAUAUGAACUCUAUGUCUCAUCUGCGCCUUCGGACGGGCCUAGCCAAUUCUCAAGGAAGUUCCUGAAAAGAUUUCUUCACUCCUAGGACUGUUAUUUAAAUAGGAAAAUUCCCGUUUGGCUUUCGUCUUCCUUUUAAAAUGCUUUUUGUAUGUAAUAUUUUUAUUGCUGAAGACAGCUGUUUGAAAGUUACAGAAAUCUUAAGGUUCCAAAGGGAUUUAGCGGUGAGGCAGCAAUGCUGAGUAGGUAGAAUAAUUGUUUUAUUCAGUUUUUGGAGCUCAGUUAAGCCAAUGCAUUUAAAGUUGUGCAUGAGGAACACUGGCUUUAUAUUAAGCGUUUCAGAGAUGGUGGUUAUAUUUUUGCACCAAGAAGUGUUUAGAUAACCACACAAGCAUGGCGAAGCAGCUUUUUGUAUUUCCAUAAUUUGUGAAUUAAUGUGAAUUUUUGUAUACAGUCAGCUGCAUAGUUGCUUACAGGCUACUGUGGUAAAACUGUUCCUUUCCCACUUUAACCUUAGGUCUCUUGCUUGUAAGAGAUUCAUUUGCUGCAGCUGGAAUAUGGGGAAAUUUAUUUGGUUUUAAUGGUUACAUACAUGUGUAAGUGGAUGUUCAUGUACUUAAACUGGCUUUUGUAUAUAUGUAUAAAUGCUGAUGGUAGUAAAAGUCUUGUUUUGUGAGAAUGUCUGCAUUAGCAGUAAAAUAAGCUUUCUAUUUUAUUCAUAAUCUACUCUGUGUAUAUAUGUGCAUAGCUGUGUGUUUAUGUACAUAUGUAACUGUACAUGUGUACAUAGCCACACAGAUAUAUACAUAAGGCUGUACUGUCAUAGAGGAUCAAACAGCCAAAUAAAUACCUGGAAGUAUUAGAUACAUGUUUAAAAUACCUUUUAUAGAUUUUAUAUAAAAGUACCUGAGUAUGAUUUUGUGUGAAAGUUCUGGCACCAGUUGUAAUGAGUUCAAAUUUAUGUGAGCAAUAAAGAAGCAAUUGGCAGAUACUGGAAAAAUAUUUUGUGAAAAGCUGUAUUUAUUAUAAAUCCUGGGGCUGUGACAGUACCAUUGGGAUUAUGUCAUAUGACAGUCUGUGUAUAGCUUAAAGAAGUGUUAGGCUCCUGUUCAUGUCCAGUGUAAAACAGGGUGCAUUGCUGCAGCAAAAUGUAUUAGAUAAAUUAUCCUUAGAAUGUUGGGCCAUGAAAGUCUGCAGUGUAGAAAAUGCACGAAUGACCAUUGGUUUGUGCCUCAGUGUUUGCUUCAGUAAAGCUACUUUAUUACUGUUUAUGAUUUCAGAUCAAAAUAAUUACUGAUCAAAGUUUAUUUGUAACCUAAAAAUUGGCUUUUUGAAAAAUAGCCUGCUGGGUAUAUCAUUGUCAGUCCAAAUGAAUAUAUGAGACAGCCGGGAUUACACGGAUCUUAAUUUUUGUCUUAGGUUUUUGUUCCGUUUUCUUUUUGUUGUAUAUGUGUGGGGUUUGCAGCAUGAACUUGCACAGAUAAUGCACGUUUUUCUGGCUAAGUAAACAUGAUGCCCACUAUUCUGUAACAGAAAACCCUUUGUGCCUUACCUGUGUGCUUUUGUGGGCACCAUGUUUAUGAAGAAUAAAGGAUUUGUUAUCAGAAGAGAAGAAAUUUUAAAUUCUCAAUCUAUGUCUCAGAUGCUAACAUGUUAAAAUAUAAAUAUAUAAUAUAUAAAGUAACCAAUCUUUCUGUAUUUUAUGUGCAUCAUAGUGAUUUAUUUGAGCUUAGUGACCCCAUCUUGUAACCUGUUGCAAGAAUGAAUGUAAAAAAAAAAUAGUUGUGGCAUUUAACAGGUCACCUUUUGAUGCAGAUGCAUCUUUUUCUUGCUUCUCAGAUAUAUUUCAUGUAAACAUUGUACAUUUAUUAUUGUAAUAUAUACUAUUAUGUAGCCUAUUUUACCUGGAACUCUUUAAGCCGACCAAGAGUCCUCCCUAUAAGACAGAUGGGAAUGUGUAUAAUAAUUAGGUAUUUGAAAAGUUCUGGUUUGAUGUAUUCUGUUUAUUGUUCUGUUUAAAAACGAAGGAAAACAUUCUAAUUAAAAAUUUAUUAGGUUUUUUAAAAA